GCUUCUCUCGCAUUCAAUCAAACCCUGUCCAUGCUACAAGAAAGUGAAUUACAACUGCAAGUAUCUUCAGCUAUCGCGAUCAGCUCUCAGGCAGGGUAUAGACAUAGUGGAGAUAACAGACGGCAAACUAGGCCGCCGGAUUCCUCUGGAGCCGUAUAUUCUCCCGAAGUUGAAUGGCCCGGCACGGAAGGAAGCAACAUCGCAUCGUCGCGAACUCUUUACAGUGAAGCUGACAUGCUGAUGCGGAAUGAAGUGGACGAACCUUCGGCUUGCUCAUCAGUCCUGGGACCUUCCCGCGCACGUUCAUCCGAAAUCACUUCUUUGCGACUUGUCGUUCAGCGGAGCUCCGUCUUGUCGAAGAAGCUGAAAGUUGCUAUCACAGAUGGAUAUUCGGAGGUGCAGAUUGGCCGCGACGUAGCCCCAGUUGGAAGUGACGUGCCACGGAUACGACUGAAGGAGAUGGAGGUGUCCAAAUUACAUGAUACGGUCUAUUGGGAUCAGCAGCGAAGUGAGUGGGCAGUUGUGGAUAUGGGCUCGAAGCAUGGCACCUUCCUCAAAUCCAACCGUGGGAUUAGGUCUUCCCCCGGAGUUUCCGACUCUGGUGUUCCUUCGUCGUCACAGGGCCCGUCGGAGUCGAGCAGAGAGGAUCCCAGGGGCAUGCGCCUUUCUCCAUCUAGAGUGGCGAGCAUUCCGCGACGAUUGACGCAUCUUGACCUUCUGAGCAUCGGAGAUACGACCUUCAUUGUACACAUCCAUGACUCCCAGAUGCCUUGCAUUGAAUGUUCGCCGACGGGAGAUGACGAGAUCCCGUUGUUUGAUUCUCGAAGGGCCGAUCGUGAACAAGCAUCUAGCACGAAGCGCAAAAGAGAGGAGACAAGUGGAGAUAAUGCUCUAGCCCCCCCCGCUACCGGUCCUGUACAGCAAGAUGCUAAGAAGGCACUGUCGAUGCUCAGGCGCAGUCUGCUAUCUCGUCGCGACGGCUCAUUGGCAUCGGCCAAGGGAGAGGCACCUCAAUACGUCGAUCGCAGUGCACGUCGCAGGGCCCUGUACCCUCAGACACCUCCAGAUCCAGGCCGGGCACGAGCGGCAAUGUCCACUUCAUCGCUCGUCCAAUUGCCUGACAGGUCCGUCACCGCUUCUCCCGUUGCUCCGGUAUCGGCUCCUCCUACACCACUGCCAGAGACCAAUAUCGGCCAUCGUUUAUUGCUUAAGCAGGGUUGGGAACCUGGCAUGAGCCUCGGUCAAGAAAGUACCGAUCUUGCUCUCAAGCAACCUCUCGAGGUUAGCGUCAAUACGGGCAGGUUAGGACUUGGUGCCACUGCUUCUACUUCUGUGGUGGGCCCGAACACAAAGUGGAAAGAGAACGCUAAGCAUCGACGCUGGGAUAGUCUUAGAUCGGAUGACAGUCCAGGGAAGCAUUUGUAGUGCUGCAAGCUGUGCACGAGGGUCUAUUCCAAUCAUUGUUACCACGGCGCCGCGCGCAGCGACCAAUUUACACGAAGCCGAUGCAAUGGUCAUUCUGACUGGCACC